CUCAUCACCAACCCGUAAAACACCCACAAAACACCCACAAUCGCCAUGUUCACCUCCACGCAUCUCAGAUCACCAGUCUGCAAGGCCAGCUCGACUAUUCUCAACUCAGCCAGGCUCUACCACGCUGUUUCGCAUCUUCCGCCCUCGCCGUACACUCCCGCGCAGGCUCGAAUCCUCUCUUCCGCACUCACCCACGUCCCCGAACACGGCUUCGUCAAGGACGCGCUCGUGCUCGGGUGCCGCGAUCAGGGAUAUCUUGACUCUACUCACGCGGUUUUCCACAACGGAGUCUUUGAUCUGAUCCAGUACCAUCUCUACAGCGAGCGGACGAAGCUUGCGCAGCACAAGGACAAGAUCGAUGCCGAGACCAAUGACCUCCACGAAAGAGUCAAGCGGUACUGCGUCGAGCGUCUGAAAGCCAAUGCGCCUGUUAUCAAGCGUCUACCUGAGGCACUGGCUGUCAUGGGACUCCCGCCAAACGUUCCUGCCUCGCUAGAAGAGCUGGCCAAACUUGCAGACGAGAUCUGGUACCUGGCCGGCGACAAGUCGUCGACUUUUGACUGGUACACUCGACGGGCCUCAUUGUCUGCUGUUUACUCCGCAACUGAGCUUUACAUGACUCAGGAUAACUCGACAGACUUUAAGAAUACCUGGGAAUUCCUCGACCGCCGCUUAGAAAACGUGGCGCAUCUCAAAUCUACUCUCGGCAGCUCCUCCACCUGGAUCGCUUUCACCGGCAUGGCGAGCAUAAACUUGCUACGAUCUCAAUUGGCUCGCGGGUAAACUCACCAUACAGCUCACUAGACAGAGCAUACAUGUAAAUAGGUAUAUACUAAGUGGAUCAUGGAAAUCGGUAUGAAUUGAUAUCGUAAUGUACAAGUAGAUAAAAAUGACAAGCGCACUA